CUCUGACGUCACGCCCCAUGAACUCGCAGGAUGUACACAUUGGACCCUCGAGGAAGAAGAGGAAUAUGACCAGCCUACACGCCGUAUAGAUCAGUGCUUCGCCACCAGCCCCCAGAGGGAACUGCGACUAACUGACAGCGAGGAAGAAUGCCGAGGAGAAAACAGUCAAACCCACAGCCCGUCAAAUACGGUGUGGAGUGUGAACCAGGAUGCCUGGUUCUGGACAGUGACUUCCUGCUUAGUGGAGAGCUCUGUGAGUUUGGAGACACAGAGAUCAUGGGGCUGGACAGAGACACAGGUAUGACAGUGUUCUCUCUAAGUGAUGAUGGCACCAGCCUUACAGCUUCGGGUGACUCAGCCUUCCCAGCAUUCCUCUCCUGUAAGGGGUGCCGCCAAUUGAUGGGGGCCGACCUUGACCUGGGAGCAGGACUUGACUUGGGGGCGGGACUCUACUGCCUGAGCUGCGAAGAGGGCCUCCAAUCAGAAUCACACACAGCCAUGGAGGAUACCUCACAGGGGGAGGAGUCAACCCCGGCUGUCCAAUCCAGUGGGGGGAAGAACAGGAAGAGGAAGAGGAGUAAGGCGGGUGAUGAAGAAGCCUGUAUGAAGGUGUACACGUGUUCUCUGUGUAGUUUCUCCUCUCGCUACUCCAACCAUCUCAAACGCCACAUGAGAACCCAUGAUGGAGAGAAGCCCUACCGCUGUCCCCACUGCCCCUACGCCUCUACACAGAGGGUCAACCUGCAGAGACACACACGCACACACACCGGGGAGAAGCCCUACCUCUGCAACGCCUGCAGCUAUGCCUGUAGUUCCCUGGGGAACCUGCGGAGGCACCAGCGCUCGCACAGCCAGGAGCCUCAGCCGCAACGCACACACACACUGAAGAGACGCGGCAGACGAAAACACACACACAGAGAAAAUGGUGAAGAUGCCGUUUUGUCAGUGUGUGUGAGGGAGGACUCUGAUUUCCUCCAGUCCCUAGGGGGGGUCGCCUCUCCCUCCUCCCCCUCCGCCCCUCUCCCUGACCUCCUCUUCCCCCUCUGUUGUCGCUCCUGUGGCCUCACCCUGGAAGGAGAGGCGGAGGGCAGAGGACAGAUGUGUGGUCAAUGUUCUGAGUUUGUCCUCUCUAAGGAUGUAGGCUCCUCCAGCCCCACUGACACAGACUCGCACACAGUCCGGCCGGGGGCCAGUAAGCUGUACCGCUGCCCUCUCUGCCCCUUCCUCUCCCUCUACCCCAACCACCUGGCCCGACACGCCCACACCCACAGCGGGGAGAAGCCCCACCGCUGCCCCCAGUGCCCUUACGCCUCGGCCCACCUGGACAACCUGAAACGCCACCUCCGGGUCCACACGGGGGAGAAGCCCUACCGCUGUCCCCAGUGCUCGUACGCCUGCGGGAACCUGGCCAACCUGAGGCGCCAUGAGAGGAUUCACUCUGGAGCCAAGCCGUUCCACUGCUCUGUGUGUGGCUACAGCUGUAACCAGAGUAUGAACCUGAAGAGACACAUGUUGAGACACACGGGGGAGAAGCCCUAUGGCUGUGCUGAGUGUGACUACACUACGGGACACUGGGACAACUACAAACGCCAUCAGAGGAAACACGGACACAACACACACAGCUGGGACAAACACACACACCAGGACACUACAGCAGACAGCAACACACAGCACUGAGACACACACACACACUCCACUGAGACACACACACACUCCACUGAGACACACACACACUCCACUGAGACACACACACACUCCACUGAGUCACACACACACACACACACACCACUGAGACACACACACACUCCACUGAGACACUCACACUCCACUGAGACACACACACACACACACACACACACCACUGAGACACACACACACUCCACUGAGACACACACACUCCACUGAGACACACACACACACACACACACCACUGAGACACACACACACACACACCACUGAGACACACACACACACACACACACCACUGAGACACACACACACACACACACCACUGAGACACACACACACACCACUGAGACACACACACACACACCACUGAGACACACACACACCACUGAGACCCACACAGCACUGAGACACACACAGCACUGAGACAUACACACACACACACACUCCACUGAGACACACACACACACACCACUGAGACACACACAGCACUGAGACACACACACACACAGCACUGACACACACACACACACACAGCACUGAGACACACAGCACUGAGACACACACACAGCACUGAGACACACACACAGCACUGAGACACACACACAUACACACACAGCACUGAGACACACACACAGCACUGACACAUACACACACCUCUCCCUGGUUAUGGUUCCUUGAAUUCAGUGUUGGUCUGUGGUCGUGUGUGUGUGUGUGUGUGCGCGUGUGCGUGUGUGUGUGUGUGUUACAAUGGUAACCCCCGACCCCUAUCUCUGCUCUCCCUCAGAGGGGCGGGACUUAUCUCAGGAACCUUUUAGAGGCGGAGCUACAUGUGCUGGUUUCCUGGAUCUGAACACUGCACUGGCCUUAGGGCAUUAAAUAGUGUUCCUGUGGGAUUCAAGAUUCAUCCUUUUUUUUUUUUGAAUGGUUAAGUGUUGUUUUUAAUAAAGUAGAUGCGUUGUUUGAAAAUUGUAUGUUUUGAUUGAGAUUUAGGCCAUUUCUAAAUUGUAUAUUCCUAAAACAAAAAUCAGUAAAGAAUGUAAUUGUGAAACAGAUAAAGAGUUUAUUUUUGCAACAAAUUCUGAUAUAUUUUAGUUGAUUUGAACAAUGUUUCUCAGAAAAUAGUAUUGUGUUGGCAGACAUCACGUUGUAUUCUCAUUGGAGAUGAUGCCGAGCACACAGUAGCAGUUUCAACAUGUUUAGAAACAGAAAUGGAGAGUUUGAAGCCUUGUCCAUUUGGCUCUUCGUAAAUACUCCCAUGUUGAUUGUAAGGCUACUCAGAGAACAGACAGGGCCCCUGCUGAUUGUAAGGCUACUCAGAGAACAGACAGGACCCCUGCCGAUUGUAAGGCUACUCAGAGAACAGACAGGGCCCCUGCUGAUUGUAAGGCUACUCAGAGAACAGACAGGACCCCUGCCGAUUGUAAGGCUACUCAGAGAACAGACAGGGCCCCUGCCGAUUGUAAGGCUACUCAGAGAACAGACAGGACCACAUUAACUGUCUGUACAUUGUGCCUUCUACAUCUCUCGUACUGAAAUAAAAUCUUUUGACUGAA